AAACCUCGUAAUAAAUAUACCAACGAUCAAAUAUUCCCAAAUACCCACAGCCUGAACCAGCCUUUAACUCCUACAUAAGCACCCCCCUGUGCGGCUCAUUUAGCCAGCCUCUUAACCUCAUUGGUACAUAAGCGCAAAAGCAGCCACAAUUGCUUCCUGUUCUUUACCACUUCUUUCCGCCAUGACUCUUUCCACAAAACGACGUAUGUCAGACUUGGAAUCCCUCAUUCUGGAGAAGCCGUCUCCGCGGGCCAAAAAAAGACGGAGCGUGUUACACGCUCUCUUUCGGUCCAAGCUGUUUAGCCGCAACGUAAUUGUCGCAGGGUUGCUCAUCACGGUUCUCUGGGGGUCAGCGUUCCUUAUUUUUGCCAUUUCUUACCUCCAGUCGAGCCUUGGGGCCUCCACGUUGGUCGUCUUAACGCCCUGGGCGCCGGGUGAGCAUACCGUGAGCCACAGUCAGAGCCACAAGCUCCGGCCGUUGCUGUUGGCGAGCCAAGAUGGCUUGCCGCUUACGCUAGAGGCGAUGAGAAGCCGGAAGUUUAGUCCGAACCAUAAAUCGAUCCAGUGGAUUGUCACGGACUCGAAUUACGACUCGGGCUCCUACGUGAUGGAAUCAGAGUCUGAAUACACCAUCAAAUCCGUCCGUGACAGCUCUCACGUGGUGUUGUAUAAAGGCUCCACCAUCACGUACAAAGAGGAGAAGUACACUAUUGGUUCAUUCGAAGCCAGCUCUGACUUGAAGUACGCGUUGAUCACCACCGAUAAGGUACCGAACUGGCGCCACUCCUCGUUUGCCUUUCACUGGCUCUUGAACAUUGAGACCCAGCAGAUCGAGCCACUAUUCCCUAACAAGCCGAAAGCGGGAAUUGCGGUAGCACAGUGGUCGCCAAAGUCGUCGCAUGUAGCCUUUGUGUUGGAUAACAACGUGUACAUCCGCGAUGUCCACUCCGAAGAGGUUGUUCAGUCCACCACGGACGGAGGUGAGGAUAUCUUCUACGGCAGACCCGAUUGGGUAUACGAAGAGGAGGUCUUUUCCGGUGCCUCAGCCAUAUGGUGGUCCCCAUCGGGCGAUUUUUUUACGUUCUUGCGCACGGACGACGCGUUGGUACCGGAAUUUCCAAUUCCCUAUUUUGUUCAGCACGAAAAAGACCAGCCAGAGGCAGACUAUCCCGAGGUCCGCAAAAUCAAAUACCCGAAACCGGGCUACCCCAACCCCAUAGUUAGCCUCAUGGUCUACACCGUUGCCCAAAAGCAGACCGCCGCGGUUCCUAGCCCCGACAAGCACAGCUUGAUCACAGAAGUCACAUGGGUGGGUGCUGGUUCCUUCCUUGUCAAGCUCACCAACCGCGAAAGCGACGUGUUGCAGAUAAGUCUCGUAGACGCUGCCUCUGCCAGCUCGGCUAUCGUCAGAAAGGAGGACGCUUCGGGCAAAGAGGGCGGUUGGUUUGAGAUCACUCAGGAGACACUCUACGUGCCUAAAGACGCUGACAACGGCAGAGCAGAGGAUGGGUAUAUCGACACCGUGGUCGUGGAUGGGUACAACCACUUGGCGUACUUCUCUCCUCCGUCAAACCCCAAGGGGGUGACCUUGACUUCGGGCGCAUGGGAGGUGGUCGAAGCUCCAGCAGCAUUCGAUCACAGCCGCAACACCGUGUACUUCCUUGCCACCAAGCGGUCAGCCAUGGACAGGCAUUUGUACUCGGUGGGUUUGGACGGCUCCAACUUUGCCAACUUGACAGACACCUCUACCGACGGCUGGUAUCUGGCUUCGUUCUCCACUGGGGCACGCUACGCAGUGCUCAGUUAUUCUGGGCCGAAUGUUCCGUCCCAAGCGUUGGUCGACUUCCACGACCACUCCCAGACCGUUCUCGAGACCAACCCCGACGUGGCAAAAGCCUUGCAAGAGUACGCCAUUCCAAGCACCACGUUCGAGACGAUCAAGCUCGGCGAGGAGAAGGAAUAUGGCGAGAUAUGGGCCAAUUCCAUGGAGAUCAAGCCGCCAUCAUUCGAUCCGACAAAGAAGUACCCCGUUUUGUUCUACGUCUACGGCGGCCCUAACUCGCAGUUGGUGACUAAGAACUUUGCUGUAGGUUUCUCACACGUCAUCAGCAGUGCGCUCGACGCGAUUGUGGUCACCGUCGAUGGCAGAGGAACCGGCUUUAUGGGACGCAAGUUCCGUGCGAUUGUGCGCGACAACUUGGGACAUUACGAGGCACGCGACCAGAUCAGUGCUGCAAAGCUCUGGGCCAAGAGGGCGUACGUCGAUGAGACGCGUAUCGGAAUCUGGGGCUGGUCUUACGGUGGUUUCAUGACGUUAAAGACGUUGGAGACCGACGCCGGAAACACCUUCCGCUACGGCAUGUCUGUAGCUCCCGUCACCACCUGGCGCUUCUAUGACUCCAUCUAUACCGAGCGGUACAUGCACACGCCAGACCACAAUGCACACGGCUACCAGAAAUCGGCCGUUACCAACGUGACAGCCAUCGCGCAGGCCUCGCGCUUCUUGUUGAUGCACGGUACAGGAGACGAUAACGUUCACUUCCAGCACUCGUUGAGACUCUUGGACUUGCUUGACUUGGACGGCGUUGAGAACUACGAUGUUCAUGUUUUCCCUGACUCUACCCACAGCAUCAGCCAUCACAAUGCCAACACCAUCGUGUAUGAUAAGUUGUUUACGUGGAUACGUCAGGCGUUUGACGGGGACUUUGAAGAAAAGCCGAAGAAAGUUCCCGAAGCGCUAGCUAUUUAGAAGAGUAUUAUGUUUUUUAUUGCCAAUACGUAGAAGCAGACAGGGACUCGGGGGGGUUGUUUGGUACCGUAGAGAGAAGGCAUAGGUUUUUCGAAAUGUUAUUGGUAAAACCAAGAGUUGCCAAGAUUCUGGUGCCUGUUGGGAUUCCAGUCAGGGGCCGUGGUCGGUAAACCGAUUCGCAAGAUACUACUACGAUC